AUGAGCGCCCUAGUUACUGAAUUCGGCUAUUUCAUAACUAAGCCUGGGGUGGAGGCUUGGGAUGGGAACAGCGUCCACAACAAAGCCCUGGCCAAGGCCGCUACUUUUGCACACAGUCAACCCGGUGCUCAGAGAGCAUACCUCUCGGAAGAGCUAGAGGACCCUCACCGGGUGUGGAUAUUCCUUGAUUGGGAUACAGUUGAUGACCAUCUUAAAUACGUCACGACACAGGGUCACAAGAACAAGGCUACCCUCGAAAACACUAUCGACUUUACCAAGGGUGGCUUUCUUCACGUCGUUGGGGAAGGACGCCCUCUAACUUUGGCGCUGAGCAACACGCCUUCUUCCGUGGCCCAAGCCCUUAGAGCCUACUUUCCAUCCGACAUUGGCCCAGAUGCAAGGCAGGCGGCGUCUCUGGAGGUUGAGGAGUUUAUGAAAGCCACUCUGAGCACCUUUCAGGAUUCCGAGGAGGCAAUUUACGGCUGGAGUGUUGAGAAUGAUGUUCCAGUGAUCGGGGAAGAGAGCAAGACAGGCAAGGUGCUGGUGGUAUUUAUUAGGUGGUCCAGUGUCGGUGCCUCCAAUGAGGCUUUGGAAAGUCAAUUGUUCCAAGAUAACUUGGGGACGAUCCGGAACCUACCAGGCCUAAUAGAAAUGGAUAUGUUUCAUGUGAGAUCCAGGUUGACGCUCGAAGGGCACAGUGCUGGCGUUUUAAAAUAGCAGGAAUCCUAUAGACGUAGACCAAUACAUUUCGACAGCAAUUUGCGUAUAA